CUGACUAGGGUCUCACGUGGGUUCAGCCUGCUGGGAAGGAGCUUGCCGGUGCGCCAUGGCAGGUUGCAGGCUCUGGGUUUCGCUGCUGCUGGCGGCGGCGUUGGCUUGCUCGGCCACAGCGGUGUGGCCCUGGCCCCAGUACAUCCAAACCUACAACCGGCGCUACACCCUGUACCCCAACAACUUCCAGUUCCGCUACCAUGCCAGUUCGGCCGCUCAGGCCGGCUGCGUCGUCCUCGAUGAGGCCUUUCGACGCUACCGUAACCUGCUCUUCGGUUCCGGCUCUUGGCCCCGACCCAGCUUCUCAAAGAAACAGCAACCAUUGGGGAAGGACAUUCUGGUUGUCUCCGUCGUCACAGCUGAAUGUAACGAGUUUCCUAAUUUGGAGUCAGUAGAAAAUUACACCCUGACCAUAGAUGAUGACCAUUGUUUACUCGAGUCUGAAACUGUCUGGGGUGCUCUCCGAGGUCUGGAGACUUUCAGCCAGCUCGUUUGGAAAUCAGCUGAAGGAACGUUCUUUAUCAACAAGACAAAGAUUGAAGACUUCCCUCGCUUCCCUCACCGGGGCAUACUGCUGGAUACAUCUCGUCAUUACCUGCCACUGUCUAGCAUCCUGGACACACUGGAUGUCAUGGCGUACAAUAAGUUCAACGUGUUCCACUGGCACCUGGUGGACGACUCCUCCUUCCCAUAUGAGAGCUUCACGUUCCCGGAGCUCACCAGAAAGGGGUCCUACAACCCUGUCACCCACAUUUACACAGCACAGGAUGUGAAGGAGGUUAUUGAAUAUGCACGGCUUCGAGGUAUCCGUGUGCUGGCAGAAUUUGACACUCCAGGCCACACUUUGUCCUGGGGGCCAGGUGUCCCUGGGUUAUUAACACCUUGCUACUCUGGGUCCCAUCCCUCCGGCGCCUUUGGACCCGUGAAUCCCAGUCUCAACAGUACCUAUGACUUCAUGAGCACGUUCUUCUUGGAGAUCAGCUCUGUCUUCCCAGACUUUUAUCUUCACUUGGGAGGAGAUGAAGUUGACUUCACCUGCUGGAGGUCUAACCCCGACAUCCAAGCCUUCAUGAAGAAAAAGGGCUUUAGUGACUUCAAGCAGCUGGAGUCCUUCUACAUCCAGACGCUGCUGGACAUCGUCUCUGAUUAUGACAAGGGCUAUGUGGUGUGGCAGGAAGUGUUUGAUAAUAAAGUAAAGGUUCGGCCAGACACCAUCAUACAAGUAUGGAGGGAAGAGAUUCCAGUAGACUACAUGAAGGAGAUGGAGCAGAUCACCCAGGCUGGCUUCCGGGCCCUGCUCUCUGCUCCCUGGUACCUGAACCGUAUAACAUACGGCCCUGACUGGAAGGACAUGUACAAAGUGGAGCCCCUGGCGUUUCACGGUACCUCUGAACAGAAGAAUCUGGUCAUCGGAGGGGAGGCCUGUAUGUGGGGAGAGUACGUGGACAGCACAAACCUGGUCCCCAGGCUCUGGCCCAGAGCAGGUGCCGUUGCUGAGAGACUGUGGAGCAGCAAUGUGACAACUAAUAUGGACUUUGCCUUUAAACGUUUGUCGCAUUUCCGCUGUGAGCUGCUGAGGUAAGCAGGCCGUGGGCACAUCUAAGGCUUGGGAACCCAAACUGAGAAGAAAAAAAAAAAAAAAAAGAUAUGAGCUGAUAAUUUGGGAAGGUUCCUGUGCCAGGUACUGUUCCUGACAGGCUCUGUCCUGUUUACUUUGUAUCAUAACCCAAAAGGUAGGAAAAUUUUGUCCCCAUUUUAGGAGUGUACAGCCCUUGAGCGCUUUGCCCAAAUCAGUAGGAAGCAGGAUUUGAACCUGUCAGCCCUGAUUGACUCUCCAUGGGUCAAUCAUGACUCAUGGCCCUUGACUGGGGGCUUGUGUAGGCAGUCUUUCCUCAGUUCAGUUACUGACUGGAUUUGAUAACCUAAAAACACAUCCUAGAGUAGAACGGACUUCUGGGCUGAGUGUCACGCAUCCACCAUGGCCUCUAAGAUACUGGGACUGCAAGCUGGGAUUUUGUUAUCUCCAAGC